GGUAACUGAACUACAAAAAGUCAACACAAGCUCACUAAGAGUGCCUAUUCACGUCAAAGCCCGGUCGAAAGCUGUGACGUGCUCUUCUCACCUACCGUGAAAGGAGUAUUUCUUUCGUUAAAUAAUUUAAAGCAGAGAAAAUGAAUAAUGAAUAGGGGAAUUUAAGUGGUGAAGUACUGACUUGUGAGAUUCUACAUCAGACAUUUUAGCGCACAUUUGGGUGGAUCUCAGGAAGUAAAUCGGAACACGUGGGGAUACCGUCUAACAAAAAGUCAAAAAUGAAGGCGAUGGCUCCAUCUCUGGCGCAGGCGUACGGGCGGCGCUGGUGGAUGGCGAUCACCGCGGUGCUGGAGAACCUGCUGUGCUCCGCGGUGCUGCUGGGCUGGGGCUCCCUGCUCAUCAUGCUCAAGCACGAGGGCUUCUAUUCCCACCUCUGCACAGGUAAUGAGUCAGUCGUGAUGCUCACUAGCACCUCUGGGAACUGGUCGAGUUGCGUGUCCCAGGAGGAGAUGCUGAACCUGGGCUUCACCAUCGGCUCCUUCCUCCUGAGCGCCACCACCCUGCCUCUGGGCAUCCUCAUGGACAGGUUCGGGCCUCGCCCGCUACGACUCAUGGGCAGUGCUUGCUUUGCUCUUUCCUGCGCAAUGAUGUCUUUGUCAUCAACUGACCCCGCAGUGCUCUCUGCACUCAUCUUCCUGGCUCUGUCCCUCAAUGGCUUUGGAGGAAUAUGCCUGACAUUCACCUCACUGACGUUGCCCAACAUGUUUGGCAGUCUGAGCUCCACCAUCAUGUCCCUGAUGAUAGGCUCCUACGCCUCCUCCGCGGUCACCUUCCCAGGAGUCAUGCUGAUUUAUAAUGCAGGUGUAUCAUUCCGCGUGAUCAUGUGGGUUUGGUCAGGCAUCGCUGGCUUGGCCUUCCUGAACUGUGUCCUGAACUGGCCCACGGAGGGGUUCCCGACCCCAGAGGAGAUCGAGUACAAGAAAGCGCUGAAGCAGAAUGAGAAUGUCUCACUGGACCAGAAGUCAGGAGAUCCCAACCACUCCACAGAGAAAGCCUCCACCAUCGCCCCACCAGACGCCGUGCCGUUCCGACGCUCCGUCUUGACCCCCAUCUUCGCCUGGAGUCUGAUCACCAUGGCGAUGUCCCAGCUGCGCAUCAUCUUCUUCAUGGGCGCGAUGAACAAGAUGCUGGAGUGGAUGGUGGCCCACGGAGAACCCAACCCUUCUCACGAAUUGGUGGAAGACAUUGAUCACAAGGUCAGCUACUACGCCUCCAUCUUUGGCACUCUGCAGCUGCUGUGUCUGCUCACCUGUCCUCUGAUUGGCUACAUCAUGGACUGGAAGAUGAAGGAGUGUGGGGAUGAGAAGAGCGGCGGUGGCAGCGCAGAUCAAUGCGUGCCGUCGGGUCCCAGGCGCGACAGAAAGAUCCAGAAAGUGACCAACGCCAUGAGAGCUUUCACCCUCACCAACCUCCUGUUGGUGCUGUUUGGAAUUCUCUCCCUCAUUGACAACCUGCCUCUCCAGAUUUUGACAUUCAUUCUUCACACGAUGGUGAGGGGAUUCAUCCACUCCUGCUGUGGGGGCCUGUAUGCGGCAGUAUACCCAUCCAAUCACUUUGGCACUCUGACCGGCUUCCAGUCCAUGAUCAGCGCCUUGUUCGCCCUCCUGCAGCAGCCCCUGUUCAUCGUCAUGUUGGGGCCUCUGGGGGGAGAUGCCUAUUGGAUCAACGUGGGAAUGCUGAUCUUCUCAUUGGCCGGAUUCCUGCUGCCCGCCUACCUGUUCCACCACCGCAGACACCUCAUCCAGGAGAAGGAGGAGAGGGACAGACAGUCUGCUUCCGCUGAGCAGCAGCCCCUCAACCAUGCAGAGACGAACGGCCACAAGCCCCACAUCAACGGACACUCGCUGGAGGCUUAGCUUUCCCCACGCAAUGAACAACUGGACGAAGAAAACUGUUUAAACUAUGCACACGUACAUAUACACUCAAACCCACUAACACGUAAACUAUGCAUACAAAUGUAAACGUUCUCCUCGCAGUAGUUUCGGUUCUUCUGAUGAGGUUUAGGUGUCCGGAGGUUAAUUGUUCAGAUUGGAGAGGGUGUAAUAUAGUAAGGCAGGGUUCAUGUUUUUAUAGGUACUCACAUGCAAAGACAAAUCAGCCGUCCAGCACAGCUUGAGGAAGACUGUAGGAAAUCGGACCACGGCCCACGCUACACGCACACCUACCCUGUCACUGAAAUACAGUAUCUACCUCUUCCUUUUCCGCUGGCCAGCUCACACAGAGAUCUGCAUGAAGGAUCCUUUUAAUGUGUUUUAAUGUAUACGCCCGAGUAUGUUGUUCAUGUCUUUACGUCCGUCUCAGGCGUUGAGAGUGGAUCUUAGUGGAAGUGUCCGGUUGAUUUCAGAGUGCCAUAUUAUGGAGGGAAACUGGUCAGCCAUUAAUUUGAUCUUUAUCAGCUUUAACCAAAGUGUUUUGUAUUAUAAAUGUCAUUUCUAAAAAAAAAUAACCAAAAGUCCAACUGUGAACCAUCUGCUCAAACAGCUCUCCAUGAAUUCAAAGCCUUGCAAUGCAUUGAUGUUACAUAAAUGGAACAUUAUUUUAUAUAUUCUGCUGCAUUUUUGUGUAAGGGAAUGAACUUGUUUAUAUUUUAAUUGUAAGUGUAUACAUAAAUAUUAAGGUCCUUAGUUUGCUGAUGUUUUCAGGUUUGUGCUUUAAGGUUUUCAAGUGUGUAUUUCUUUGAACUUGUCUGGAAUUGUUGGAAAAAAAAAAUACUGAAAAUGGAGUUGGCCGUGAGAAGGGCUUUGAUUGUCAUGGAAACCAAAGGAUGGUUUUCUAGCAUUUUGCUUGUAAGAUUUAUUCCUGCCCUGUGUGAAACCAAUGCCUUAUAAUAGUAUGCAAUCUAUAAGGGCGAGAUUUACUGAAGGCUAAAAUACGUUGUAAAAAUGUUUAUGCUCGCUUUUUCUCAUUGGUGACAGUAGCUCACCAUGUGUCACCAUAGGUCGUUAUUAUACUCAAGUGCCACAACAUGUUUGCCAUGAAUGUAACGAAGUACAGCUCCCAGUUCUCACCUGGAGAAACCAAAGUCCCCUGAGCAGCUCUGUUCAGACAUCCUUCUCAGGGCUAAGUACUAUGCAAUGCACUCAUGGAUCCAUGCGAGGGCUCAUGUGCUCUCUUGUACAUCAUAGAAGUCUUCAAAUUCUAUCAAUAAAAUAGCAGGAAAUCAAUCGAA